GCAACCUUUAUCUAACCAGUCUACCGUCUGUCAGUCGAGACAAUUCAACAUAUAUGUGUUCAGUAAGCAGUCCCAUACUCCGAACGAUCUGGACAGGACCUGACAUGCACGUUCAAUUCCUUCAAAAUUUUCAACCGGAUGAACAAAUUUGGAGGACCGAGACGCUGAAGCCAAGGAUUAUUUACAAGUCUGCCACGAGACAAGUUGCCCUUGUGAACCAGUCGUUAACACUUAAAUGUAUACUAAGAGGGCACCCACCUCCCACCAUUGUUUGGCAAUGGUCAAGUGAGAUAUCAAGUCCACUGCCCAUGGAGGGACCGGUGAAUUCUUCUGUAAAAUCCCAUUUCUACGAAGUAGACAAGAUUUACAAAUCAAAAGGCAUUGUGGUGCGUCAUCAGGGCACCGAGCUGUUCAUUCCGUCCGUGAAACCGUUCAACCAAGGAGCAUAUCGUUGCUCAAUCAGAGAAGGUCAAGCUUCAUCCACAAGAAUUGUACCGUUUGUCACUUACGAAGUGCUUGUUGAAGGUCCACCAACCUUUGCGGUCGUUCCGAGGAAUACCAUUAUUCCAAUUUACGGAUCAACUGUUUUAAAUUGCUCAUGCGAUCCCGAAUGGACCAGGCCACCCGCGACCCUGACCUGGUUGCUCAACUCAAAACCAAUCGAUGAUCAUCUGGAGAUGAACCGUGGACAAAUAAUUGGCCAGAGUCUCUAUCUGAACCAUUCCAAUCUUGUUGAUGUCGCUGCGUUCCAGUGCAAGCUGAAUAAUACCCAUGGCUGGCGCAUAGCCAACGCAUACGUCAAGAUUUGGAAUCAACCUCCUGCAAUCACUCGAUCUCUGGCUCCUGAAAAUCUAGUGGCAGAAAAGCAGUCCAUUACACUGUACUGUGAGUCGAUGGGAGCACCUCGAGCUAAUAUGCGAUGGAGAAGAAAUGAAAGAUUACUACGAGAUUUGCUGAUCACGUCCGGUCAUUAUGUUAGGGAGAGAUUCCAUACAACGGACGCAGGGAACUUGAUAAUUGAAAAAGUCACAAUCUCGGACGGCGGCUUGUACAGUUGCAUUGCGUCCAAUCCUUUUGGCAGCACCAAUGCUAGCGGUCGACUUGUGGUUCGUAAGGCCACACAUAUUUCAAACGGGCCGCAGAUGUUUGUACGAACCGGUGGCUUGGUGGUCAAAAUGCAGCAAAACAAAACUAACAAUAUGACCCGAAUAAGAGAGCAGAGCUUUAUUCAACUUACAUGUGAAGCAAAGACGGAUCCUCUGGAAAUGAUGCACUUACAGAUGACUUGGAUGAGGAACAAUAUAACAAUACCUAGUGAGGUGAAUCACUUGGAGUCAGGACUCACGAUUUCUAUGGACGGACGUACUCUUACGAUUGCUAAAACCGUUCCAAACGAUAGUGGGUUAUACACAUGCGUUGCCCGGAGUCGACUGGACAGCGACAACGCCAGCAUUUUUCUGCUGGUUGAAGUAGGUUUAUCGGAAUCCAGCGCAGUCGCACCAUCGCUUGAUGGUCAAAUGGAAGAGAUGUGUUACAUCCCACCGCAACCGGUUCAAUCUCUCCCGGAAACAUUGUUUGUCUAUGGAACGAAACCAAACAAUUUGGUUAUUCGAUGGAACCCACUUCCGCCAAUAGAACACAAUGGGCCUGGACUGGUUUAUCGAAUAACGGUUGCAUGUAUUGACUGCCGGUUCGGACCAAACAAGCCAUCGAAAAACACCACCGUUGUCAGUGACUGGUCCACAGGAGAACUGAUUCUCGAUCGCCUCACCAUAGUUAUGGAGCCAAGAGGUGGCUAUGUGCCGGACGUACGUACAUGGACUAUUGAAACUUUCCGUACUUAUGAGGUGUCCCUGAUGACCGAAAAUGUCAUGGGCACAAGAGUCCUAAAACCGUUGAUCACAACUGGCCAUUCUGGAGAGGACAUUCCACAGCUUCGCCUGGAACCACCGGAAGUUCAAUAUAUAGGGUCCAAAGAAGUUGUCCUAAGUUGGGCGGCAUUUCCACUGCCCGGUUUGGACCAGAAAGUUCAUGGUUAUUUCAGGGGUUUCCGAAUUGAAUGGUGUGAGGCCGUAUUAACCAAUGAGCUUUGUGAAUUCUACAAAGUGCAUCAGGAUUUUAUUGUAAGGGAACCGCCACAAUCAAUGUUUGCCAAUCUUCGAACUUCAUAUGUGGAGAGCAAAUUGGAAAGCUUCAGUGAAUCUGGUACAGCAGUUCAAAUUACCAGACAAUCAAUGUUUGCCAAUCUUCGAACUUCACCUGUGGAGAGCAAAUUGGAAGGCUUCAGUGAAUCUGGUACAACAGUUCAAAUUACCAGUCCGGCUUCCGGCCAAACUUCGUUUUCUCCACAGGGCGUGGACAAACUGCAAGAUAAAUAUGCAGAAACUGUGCUAUCCAACAAUACCUACACUGCUAAAUUAGAAAGUUUGCCAGGACGAACAAAACUCAAAAUUACAGUCAGUGUAUUAAACAUUCAGUAUAAUGGAAUGCCCAGCCAUCCAAUCUACGUUCUGACAAAAGAGGGUGUAUCGGACGCAGUUCCCGAAUUCGUUGUUACCUUUGUCGGCGUCAAUCACGCAGAACUUUCAUGGGUUCAGCCUACGCAAAAUGAUGGCAUGCUGACAGCCUACGAUCUGGAAAUAUUUCAAGUUAUAGAUAACCAAACCUCCAACAGAGUUGCCUCUGAAAUGUCAAGUUCUGGGCCAAAGGAGAAACUCGUUAAACAUAUCACCAUCGAGGAUCCGUCACAGUUGGCCACUCGAAUAUCGGAACUCGAUAUGGAUUCAUGCUAUAUGGUCCAGCUCUGGCCCCGAACUCGAUCAGGCCGUGGCCAUCCUAAAAGUGUCAAAUUCCAUACGGCUCGGAUGAUCAAAGAUGACAAUACAUCGUACUUUCAGAUCAGUCUUAUUUCCGGGAAAGCUCUCACUGUGAACAUCAGUGUGAACGCACAUCUACUGCGGAAGCCAAUGGAAUCGCGAAGUCAACUUGCACUCAGCGUGAGCAGCAAACCCGAUGAUAAUCAGGGUCUUAUAACACUACAGGAAACUGUUGUUGGCACCGGUACCAGUUCCCCAGAUCGAUGGCUUCAUGAUCAAAUUCCAACAAAUUUCUACAAAGUCCAAAGCGGAAUCUCGGCUCAACGAAAUACGGACAUGUUUUAUGCCCAAUUUCGAAAGGCGGGACAAAAAAUUUGGGAGGAAACUCAGAGGGAAUUUAGAAGGCCAUGGAUCAUUUUGAGUAACUUACUGAACGAUCAGAAGUACGAGAUCCGUGUGGUUCUUGUCAAAACGACAGGUCAAUCCAUGGUUAGUCCAAGCAAGUUCAUCCACGUACUGGAUUCCAGCCGUCCACAAUCCACAUGGUCAGAAACCGGAUCAGCAUUUACGCUGUUCUCUGUAUACCGACAUUCAAAAUUUCUAUUUGUCACACUAUGUGCCUGCAUUCUCCUCACCAGCUCUGUCGCCUUGCUGAUCUUCAUUGUUUGGUGCUGCAAACGCGCAGGACGGCAGGUGAGCGUCCUAACCACCAAUACUGAGACCACCGCUGGUACAGAUUAUCAAAACGAUUUACAACUUCCCACGUUAAGGAUGCUCUCUAACUACAACUCCAAGUCGAAAGAUGCAAAGUUGCGUUGUGAUGCUUACUUAGGUAGUGGCGUGCCGGACUCUGCUUACAUGACUAUGAAUUCAUGCAGCGAACAACCGAGUACAAUUCAUUUACAUAAGCCCCCUCUUUCUGCCCAAUCUUAUUCAGUUUUCCACAGCAGCCCACUGAUCACGGAUUCUUGCCUCCCAUUAACUGAAUUUUAUUCACCAGAUUCUCAAACCGACGAUAGUUCUUCCUCAUUUACAAACGUUUGUAGACUAU